GUAGACGAGCUCAGCUCGAACGGAACGAACGGUGUUAUAGUAACGGAAAGAGAUCAAAUAACAAUAUGCGCUCAAUUAAAUUAUUGGCUUUGUGCCUUAUCAGCUGCUGCUGCUGCUUAACCAUUGAUGCCAAACUGGAGGAACGAUUCUCGUGGAAGCAGCUGACCUUCGACUGGCCCAGCGCCGAGGCCGAAGCGGAUGCCAAACGCACCGGCCACUACAUUGAGGGGAACAAUCUGCCGCUCGGCUUGGAGCGGUGGGAAAACAAACUCUUUGUCACUGUGCCAAGAUGGAAGGCUGGCGUUGCGGCGACAUUGAACUACAUUGAUCUGUCGACCACGGAGAAAUCACCAAAGCUGCGUCCCUAUCCCAGCUGGGAGGCCAACAAGCUGCCAAUUGAUGUGAAGCCUCAAGACCACAAAACACCCGCCGGUGGCCGCCUGGAUGCGGAUAAAGCAAAGGAUGAGAGCGUACAGCUAAUGGAUAAUGCAACCAUAAUAUCCACGUUCCGCAUUCAUGUCGAUAGCUGCGAUCGCCUGUGGGUGCUGGACACCGGACUCGCCGACAUUCUGGGCAAUCCCAAGCAGAUAACGCCCAGUUCCAUAUUGGUGUUCGAUCUGAAAACCGAUCGGCUACUGCUUCGCUAUGCCAUACCCGCCGAUCAGAGCAAGGAGGACACUUUCUAUGCGAACAUAAUUGUCGAUGUGGAGCGGGAUCAGUGCAAUGAUGCGUUUGCCUAUGUGCCAGAUCUGGGUGCCUAUGGUGUGGUUGUCUAUUCCCUGCGCGACAAUAAGUCGUAUCGCGUCAAGCACAACUAUUUCCACUUUGAUCCGCUGCAAGGUGACUUUAAUGUUGGCGGCGUCAAUUUCCAGUGGACCGAUGGUGUUUUCGGCAUGGCCGUUGGCCCAUUGCAGCCCGAUAACACCAAGGACAUCUAUUUCCAUGCACUGGCCAGUACCAAAGAGUUUAAGGUCUCCAAUCGGGUUCUGCAAAACCAGAGUCAUGUGAAUGGCGGCGAAUCCUAUUAUGAUUUCAAGCUCGUCGGCGAUCGCGGCAUGAACGGACAGUCAACGGCCGAGGUGUACGACAAGGAGACAGGCGUAUUAUUCUAUACGCAGGUCAACAAGGAUGCCAUCGCCUGCUGGAAUGUGAAGCGUCCGUAUAUGGCCGAUACACAGGGACUAAUCGAUUCCGAUUCGCACACUUUGAUAUUUCCCAAUGACCUGAAAAUGGACACCACCGGCUCCCUCUGGGUGCUGUCCGAUAGAAUGCCCACGUAUCUGUACAAGGAGCUGGAUCACGCGGCCGUCAACUAUCGCAUAUUGACUGGCAAGAAUCGUGAUCUUGUCCGGGGCACACCAUGCGAACUGUGAGGCGUUAAUUGUGCGCAAUUUAUUGUUUUUAAUGCAUUUGCUAUUUACAUAUAUGAAACUAUUAUUUUCACCCCCAAUAAAAGUGUAAAAGUCUA